AUGAAAAAACGGAAUGUACAACCACAGAUGCGGAAGGAAGGGUCUAUGGCAACAGUCUACGAGAAGUCGCUGAAACUUACGGUCGAAGAGAUCAACGAGUUGGUUUCUCGCAGCGGGAAACCCGACGAAACGCUCGACAACAUUGUCUGCCUGGUGGCAAAUCGCUUCGAGACCGACGUCUGCUCGGUUUAUCUACUCGAGCCCAAUCGUUCGAAUCUCGUAUUAGCCGCCACCGUGGGACUGCAACGAAGUUGUGUCGGCCAAUUGCGGAUGGGUCUCAACGAGGGGCUAGCCGGGCUGGUUGCCCAGCAAGUGGUGCCCAUUUCUGUCGAAGAAGCCUCGAAACAUCCUCGCUUCAAGUACUUUCCGGACGCUGAGGAAGAUGCCUUUCAAUCGUUUCUUGGCGUGCCAUUGACCGACUGCGGAGUGUUACAAGGGGUACUUGUCGUUCAGACCGACGAACCCCGCAAAUUUACGGAAAAGGAAACCGAACGGCUCGUCGACGCGGCAAACGCGUUGGGCCCCUUGGUAAGCGAGGCCCGACGACUCGAACAGUUCAUUGUGCCCGCGCACGAACGGAUGUGGAACGUAGCUCGCAACAUGUGGUGGGCUUGGGACCGCGACGGUGUUGCCCUGUUUCGCGACCUAGACCCGAUUCGCUGGCGACAACUCGAUCACAAUCCGAUGGCUCUGCUCUCGGAAAUCUCGCUCGAACAACUGGAAGAACGGGCCGGCCAGUUGGUGCUGCACAGUCGCAUCAACUAUGCCUACAACCGUCUGCAAGAGUAUCUGAAGUCUAAAUCAACUUGGGCCUCAACCCAUGCAGGGAUCCUGCACGCGCGACCCGUGGCCUAUUUCUCCGCCGAGUUUGGCCUGCACGAGUCGAUUCCGAUCUACUCAGGCGGUCUCGGAGUCUUGGCAGGCGAUCAUAUCAAGAGCGCCUCCGACCUGGGAGUUCCGCUGGUCGGCAUCGGGCUGUUCUACGAUCAGGGCUACUUCCACCAGCGACUCGACAGCAACGGCUGGCAACAAGAAAGCUACGCAGAUGUCGACGCCGGGCAGCUUCCCUUAGGUCUUGCCCUCGACGCUAACGGCGAGCCGGUCACCGUCGAAAUCCAAACCCGGCGGGGUUCGAUUCGCGCCAAGGUGUGGCGACUACAGGUGGGUCGCUGCACGCUACUGUUGCUCGAUUCCAACGUGCCGGGUAAUGCCCCGGAAGACAGAGAAUUAACUGCUCGACUAUACGGGGGCGACAGCCGCAUUCGAAUCCGCCAGGAAUUGCUGCUAGGCGUUGGCGGAGUACGAGCACUAGCCGCAUUGGGCAUCACCCCGGGGGUUCUUCAUCUGAAUGAAGGACAUAGUGCGUUUGCGACACUGGAAGCCAUUCGUCAGCGGAUGCAAGAUGAGGGGCUCACGUUUGACGACGCCUCGCAACAGGUGGCCCGACAAACGGCCUUCACAACGCACACGCCGGUGCCAGCCGGUCACGAUCGGUUUAGCGAAGACUUGAUCGACGAACACCUCGGGCCGCUGCAAGAGUCGUUGGGUAUCUCGCGCGAUCAUCUUAUGGCGUUGGGUCGCGUGGACCCUGACAAUGUGGAAGAAACCUUCUGCAUGACGGUGUUAGCGCUCAAGCAGUCGUGGCGAGCCAAUGCUGUUUCUUCGCUGCAUGGAAGGGUGUCUCGCAACAUGUGGUCUUGCCUGUGGCCCAAGCGGCAGGAAGACGAAGUCCCCAUCGGUCAUAUCACCAACGGCGUCCACGUGCUUUCGUGGUUGGCCCCACAGAUGCAGCAGCUUUACGAUCGCCACCUCUCGCUCGACUGGAGCCGGAACAGCAGUCAGCCUGAGGUUUGGCAGCCCGUCGAUAAGAUCGACGACGGCGAACUUUGGGAAACGCAUCUCACCCUGAAGGCCCGCAUGGUCGACUUCGUUCGCCGUCGGGUGGAACAAGACGCCGCGCGACGGGGAGAAGAGAAGGAGACCAAAAAGCGGCUUCCGCAUGUGCUGAGCACCGAUGCCCUCACCAUAGGAUUUGCUCGCCGUUUCGCCACGUAUAAGCGCGGCAACAUGAUCUUUUCCGAUGUCGAGGCCAUUUGCGAGCUGCUAAACGAUCCGCAAAGGCCUGUGCAGUUGGUCUUUGCCGGCAAAGCCCAUCCGAAAGACGACGAGGGCAAGCACGUCUUGCAACAGAUCGCCAAGCUUUCCAAGGACAAGCGAUUCCUUGGGAAAAUCGUGUUCGUCGAAGACUACGACAUCAAUCUGGGCCGCCACCUGGUUCAGGGGGUCGACGUUUGGCUAAACAACCCGCGUCGUCCGCUGGAAGCUUCUGGCACGAGCGGACAGAAGGUCGUGCUCAAUGGCGGCUUGAACCUCUCGAUCCUGGAUGGAUGGUGGGCCGAAGCCUACGACGGAGCCAACGGAUUCGCCAUUGGCACCGGGCGUUCCCACACCGAUAUCCGCAUUCAAGACGAAAGAGAUGCCAUUGCUCUGCGUGAAACGCUCCGCGACGAGGUCAUCCCGUUGUAUUACGACCGCGACAACUCGGGCUUACCACGGGCAUGGAUCAAACGCAUGAAACACGCCAUCCGCACACUGGGCUGGCGAUUCAGCGCCGACCGCAUGGUGAUGGACUACGUGACCCACUGCUACGUGCCUGCCGCCGGCGGAAGGUCGAGUGACAUGGGGUUCGUGGAAAACAACCAUGCGUUGAAUCCGCCUGCUGCAUUCGACAAACCGAGACGAGUCUCCGGUCCGAUACGCAAGAUGAUCGCCGGACUGAGCUUGUUCUUGGCCGUCUGCGUGAUCGCUGUAAUCGGUUAUGUGUCGGCUGGGUGGAAGCUGGACGACUCCAUUUACAUGGUGAUCAUCACCAUUUUUGGCGUGGGCUACGGCGAAGUGCAGCCCGUGCAGUCUCCCGCGCUUCGAGCGCUGACCAUCAUGGUGAUCAUCGCCGGUUACGGCGCGGUGAUCUACACGGUGGGGGGCUUCAUGCAGAUGGUGAUCGACGGCGAGCUCAACAAGGCACUCGGAGCACGAAGGAUGACCAAGGAAAUCGAACGGCUGCAAAACCACACCAUCAUCUGUGGAGUGGGCCGCAUGGGAACCAUUCUGGCCCGAGAGAUGCACGCCGCAGGAAAGCCGUUCGUGGUGAUCGAUACCGACGAACGCCGAUUACAGGCGGCCGAAAGCCAGGGUUACCUCGUGAUCAAUGGCGACGCUGCCGAUGAAUUCGUCCUAGAACAGGCAGGCAUUCGCACCGCCGCUGUGCUGGCAACGGUACUUUCGGACGAUGCCACCAACGUGUUCGUCACCAUUACAGCCCGGGAAAUGAAGCCCGACCUGAUGAUCAUCGCGCGGGGGGAAAACCCCAAAACGGAAAAGAAACUGUUAGGCUGCGGGGCGAACAAGGUCGUACUCCCCACGGCAAUUGGGGCAACCAAGGUAGCCCAGCUCAUCAUCCGUCCCACGGCCGAGAACAUGCUGGAGCAACUUACGAGCCAAAGCAACAUCGGCGACGAACUAGGUCACAUCGGACUGCGAUUCGAUGAACUCAAGGUUGCCGCCGGAGAUGCUCAAACUUUAGGCACGACCUCCCUGAUAGCAAGCAUUCCGCGCAACCGAAGUGAAGACUUGAAGAAGGAGAAAUCCGUGCUCGUCAGAGAUUUUCGCAUUAGAGUCAUGAGAUUAUCUCCCUACCCGUCGGCAGACGUAUUCGACGAAAUGUUCGCCCCCAAUGGGCGUCCACGGCCCAGCGGGGCCCGUUUUGUUGAACGACUGCAAUCGCUCUCCGACGGUUCUCUGCAGCAGCGUCAAAAAACCGCUGAGCUAAGUCUGCUGAACAUGGGAAUCACCUUCAAUGUGUACGGCCACAAAGCCGGCACCGAGAAGGUCUGGCCGUUUGACCUCUUGCCUCGAAUUAUCGAUGCCAACGAAUGGUCGAUGAUCGACCGCGGACUCCGGCAGCGAAUUCGCGCGCUGAAUUUAUUCAUCGACGACGUCUACAACGACCGCAAGAUUUUCAAAGACAAGGCGGUCCCGGAGGCCCUGGUGGCCUCGUCCAAAACACUCCGAAAGCAGUGCGAAGGCUUCCACCCGCCGCAGGGCGUCUGGGGGCACAUCACCGGCGUCGAUCUCAUCCGCGACCACGAUGGUCAGAUCUACGUGCUCGAAGACAACCUUCGCUGCCCGUCGGGCGUAUCGUACGUGUUGGAAAACCGCGAAUUGAUGAAGCGCACGUUCGCCCAUGUAUUCCAAGGCAUGUCGGUUUCGCCGAUCGAAGAUUACGCCGAGCAGUUGCUCAAGACGUUGCUCGAUUGUGCCCCAUCCGGUGUGAGCAAUCCGAACGCUGUGGUGCUCACCCCCGGGAUCUACAACUCGGCCUAUUUCGAACACACAUUCCUCGCCCAACAGAUGGGCGUCGAACUCGUUCAAGGCUCCGACUUGGUCGUCGAGAACGGCUAUGUGUACAUGAACACCCCCCGCGGCCUCAGUCGGGUGGAUGUGAUCUACCGCCGCAUCGACGACGAUUUCCUCGAUCCCAAGUGCUUCCGCGAAGAUUCAGCGCUGGGAGUCGAAGGCCUGAUGGACGUUUACCGCGCAGGGCACGUUACUUUGGCCAAUGCUCCGGGAACCGGGGUUGCCGACGACAAGGCAGUCUACGCCUAUGUGCCCGAUAUCAUCAAAUACUACCUGGGCGAAGAUCCCAUCUUGCCGAAUGUUCCGACUUACUUGUGCUCCGACGAGAAGCAACGCGAACAUGUGCUAGCCAACCUCGACAAACUCGUGGUGAAGCCCACCAACGAGUCGGGUGGCUACGGCAUUUUGAUGGGCCCUCAGGCUACGCAAGAAGAACGAGACCGUUGUGCUGAUGCCAUUAAUUCCAAUCCGCGGGAGUGGAUCGCUCAGCCCAUGUUGAAGCUUUCGACCGUGCCCACACUCGUGGGCGACGAGUUGAAACCGCGUCACGUCGAUCUACGUCCGUUCGUCCUGUGUGGCAAAGACAUUUACGUGAUGCCAGGCGGGCUCACGCGUGUCGCGUUGCGCGAAGGAGACCACCUGAUGCUGAGCCGAGUUGCCGAUUCGGUUUACUGGCUAUGUCGAUACGUAGAACGGGCAGAAAACGUCGCCAGAUUCAUCGAUGUGAAUUACAACCUGACUCUUGGCGAGACCGAUGCAUUGGGCGACCAAUGGGCACCAUUGGUUUACACUACCGGUGAUCAGGCCAACUUCGAAGAACGCUACGGCGCCCCAACUCGCGAGAACGUGCUGAAGUUCCUCCUGUUCGACAAGGAGAACUCCAACUCCAUCAUCUCGUGCGUGGCCACGGCCCGGGAGAAUGCCCGCACCAUUCGCGAGGUGCUUUCCUCGGUGGUCUGGGAGCAACUCAACAAGUUCUAUUUCAUGGUUCGCUCGGCGGCCCAGUUCGGCCCCACGCUCGAGCAGCCUCAGGAAUUUUGCGAACGCGUACGUCUGGCCAGCCAUAUGCUAGUCGGCGCAACCGAUACAACCAUGUCGCACGGAGAGGCCUGGCAUUUUGCCCGCAUUGGGCGGCUGAUCGAACGGGCCGAUAAGACCUCGCGGAUCGUGGAUGUGCAAUACUUCAUCCUGUUGCCCGACGCCCAGCAUGUCGGUUCCGCGCUCGACGUGGUUCGCUGGUCGGCGCUCCUACAAUCGGCAAGCGCCCUGGAAAUGUACCGUAGACAAUAUGGCAAGAUUGUUCCCGAGAGUGUGGCCGAUUUCCUUAUUCUCGACCGCAAGUUUCCCCGGGCCAUGCACUUUUGCCUGAUGAAGGCCCAGGAGUCGAUGCGACUCAUUACCGGAAGCCCAGUCGGGACAUUUCAAAACUCCGCUGAACAACUGAUGGGCCGGCUUUGCUCAAACAUGGACUACACCAGCAUCGCCGACAUCAUCCAACAAGGCCUGCACGAAUACAUUGACGGAUUUCAGAAGCAGCUAAAUCUUGUCGGUAAAGCCAUCCAGGAAGACUUCUUCACAAUCAACAAGUCGAAACAAUCACAGUCGCAGCCCGGAAUGACCCAAUCUCAAACGAGCUAG